UAUCAAGAGGGUCAAAAUUUCGCUGAUGCUUGCAACACUUGCCGUUGUAUAAACGGUCAAGUAGAUUGUACAACAAGAAUCUGUCAAUGUACAUAUCAAGGACGAACCUAUAAUAUUGGCCAAAGAUUUGGUGAAUGUGAUGAAUGCCAAUGUUUGUCUAGUGGCACAGUCCAGUGUUCUAACAAGCCAUGUAAAUGCAUUUAUAACGGAAAUACCUACCGAAUUGGCGAAAGAUUUGCAAACGGCUGCAAUACAUGCACAUGUAAAAUCGAUGGUAGUGUAGACUGCACUACAAAUCCAUGUACCUGUACUUACAAUCAUAGGGUUUAUAAUAUUGGGCAGAAAUUUAACGAUGACUGCAAUACUUGUACAUGUCAAAUUAACGGUCAAAUUGAGUGCACAUAUAAAACGUGUCGAUGUACACACAAAGGACAAACUUAUAAAAUUGGUCAGAGAUUUCAUGAAGAUUGUAACCAAUGCCAAUGUUUAUCAACUGGAUAUGUUCAAUGUACAACCAAAGCUUGCAAAUGUACGUACAACAACCAGAUUUACAAUGUAGGUCAAAAAUUUAGACAGGGUUGUAAUACAUGUACGUGUGAAGUGAACGGUAGAGUAAGCUGUACUAAUAACCCUUGUAAUUGCCUUUACAAUGGAAACACCUACCAAAUAAGUGCUACAUUUAGAAAAGACUGUAAUACGUGCACAUGUAAAGCCGAUGGAAGUGUAGACUGCACGACAAAUCCAUGUACCUGUACUUACAAAACCAGAGUUUAUAAUUUCGGAGCACAAUUCAACGAUGACUGCAACACUUGUACAUGUCAAAAUAACGGUCAAGUUGAGUGCACAUAUAAAACGUGUCGAUGUACACACAAAGGACAAACUUAUCAAAUUGGUCAGAAAUUUUAUGAAGAUUGUAACCAAUGCCAAUGUUUAUCAACUGGAUAUGUCCAAUGUACAACCAAAGUUUGCAAAUGUACUUACAACAACCAGAUUUACAAUGUAGGUCAAACAUUUAGACAGGGUUGUAAUAGAUGUACGUGUGAAGUGAACGGGAGAGUAAGCUGUACUAAUAACCCAUGUCAAUGCCUUUACAAUGGAAACACCUACCGAAUCGGAGAUUCAUUUAGAAAAGGCUGCAAUACAUGCACUUGUAAAAUCGAUGGUAGAGUAGAGUGCACAACAAAUCUAUGCACCUGCAAUUACAACGGCAAGCAUUACGACAUUGGUUCUAUAUGGUUUAAUGAUUGCAACAAAUGUCAGUGCACUUCUGGAGGAAGAGCGGUUUGUGAACAGAAACCAUGCACGAAACCCUGUAUACACAAAGGAAAUACAUAUUCCGCUGGCCAAACAUUUAAAGAUGACUGCAACACCUGUAGAUGCGGACAGUUUGGUCGAGUAUCCUGUACUAAAAUGUACUGUCCCCCAACCACGUGCCAAUAUUACGGAAAAACUUACAAAGAGGGACAAACAUUUAUGACUCAAGAUAGAUGCAACGUUUGUCGAUGUUCAAAUGGAAAUGUCAAGUGUACCAAAUACGAUUGUUAUAAACAGGUGAGUAAAGUUUUCUAUUAGUUUUGAUCUCCCUAA